AUGUUUGUCAUCCUUAUAGGCACGUAUGGACAGCCUCCGUUCCAAUCGGUGCCUCAGUCAAUGCUCACUAUGUUCCAAUUGGUUACUCUGGAAAAUUGGCCUGAAGUGUUUUAUGCGACGAACCACUAUAUGUCGGCAAUCGCGUUGAUGAUCAUUCCCUUUGUGUUCUUCAUGAACUUCAUUAUAGUGUCCCUCAUGACUGGUGUGAUAUUAGAGAAUGUAUUGGAGGUCUCAAGAACGGAUUACGAGGAGAAGGAUCGACGCGCUGAGGAAUACCGCAGAAUGGCGUUCAGUCACCUGCAUGAGGUGUUUAAGGAGGCUGAUAAAGAGGGUCGAGGUUGGAUAUCUGAGGAAGAGUUUGUUAGAGUUCUUCGGAUACCAGAAGUAGCACAGAAGUUGAAGUUUGCGGAUGUGUCCCUUCGUGAUGCAGCGGACUUGUUUAGUCUGAUUGAUAUCAAUCGAUCGAGGAAGGUGACUUACACAGAAUUUGUGGAAGGCUGUUUGAGGAUAGCUGGACAGGCUAAGGGGAAGGACUUGUUGAGGGUCCAGUACACUCUGGAUAAGAAGUUCGAGAGGGUUAGAUGGGAAUUACUACGACAAGAAGAGAAUAUAUUGGAUCGAUUGAAGUGCAAUAGGCGGCAGAUUGACGCGAAGUUGGAUAUGUUGUUAGCGGCUGUUUUGUGUGAUAAGAAGGAUGAUGAUGUUGCUAAGCUGAUUCGGACGAGUCUUCUCUCGACGCUGGGAGAAAACAGGAGGGCUUCAUCGGGGAAAGGAAAGCCGGUUGAGGAAGAGGAAGUGGUAGUGAAGGAUUGGUUAACAGCUGUUAGCGUCGUGCCGCGGUGUACACCGGAGGGGAUCCUGAGUGCAUUGUCUGAGGAUGAUGGUGAUGAUAGUAGACUCGUCGGCGUACGGGAGCAGAUAGGGCGUAUGAUCGGACGGAAUGUGUUGGUGGAGGAAACGAGGGAGAACGAGGCGUCUGUGGAGGGGUCUGUGGAGGGGUCUGUGGGAGGAGGUGAUGAUGAUGAUGAUGAUAAAGUAGCGGAUAUGAGAGACUACUGGCGUAAUAAUGACGAUUUGUUGUUUGCCUUCCUCAACUCGGAUAUGGGUCAGCAGUGGAAUUGUGGUGAUGUGUCUGUGAAUAUUGCUGAUAGUAGCAAUCCUAAUUUCAUCGCAACUCCGGAGAAUUUGGUCAACUUCAUGGUGAACUUCAGAAGAAAAACCAACAAUCAGGGCAUAUUGUGGUUGACCUAUGGUGAUGUUGUUUCUAAGGAGGGUGCUCUGAUGGUUAUGUUCGUGCAAACUUUCAAGAAUUUCCUUAUCAAUUAUGUGGAUGCUAAUACGAUGGCUGAGAUUGCACCGAUUGGGCUGAGUUUUGAUGUGGAGCAUGUCGCACAGAAUUACGUCAAGGAAGCCCUUCAAGACGCUCAACAGAUGAAGACUGACCUACAGACACAUCUCGGCUACUUACCCAACUCUAUUUAUGUUCAAUAUACGAUCGAGGGCGCGCCUGAUACACUGGGGACGCAGUAUGUGAUGCAGUACGCUGACUCCGCGUUGAUGAUGCUGUAUAGGAAUGAAAUUGUGGACACUACUGGCAAUGAUCCUGAUGAUUUGCUUGGACGUCUACGAUGGAUGUUGCAUGAUCAAUGUUUGGGUUCCUGCAAAUUGGGUGCGAACUGUCACAAGAUAUCUAUGUGUGCAUUUGAUUCGGUUACUUACCCUAAUCCUUCUGGUGGCAUUGAAUAUGCUUGGAAUACGCUGAAUCAGCUGAACAGCCUUAUCGUCCCAGACGGAGUAAAUUGUGAGCCAAGAGCAGUACGAUGGGCUAUUUAA